AUGUACAAGAAUGAUGCUAGACCUAAGGCCAAAUUCAUCAUGUGGUUACAGCUACAAGACAAACUUCUCACUACUGAUAGGUUAGCAAAAUGGGGCAUAACUGUUGACUUAGAAUGUGUCAUGUGCCAUACUCAACUUGAAAGUAGGAAUCAUUUGUUCAUGGAGUGUGAUUUCACCAAAGCAGUAUGGAAUGUGAUUCUCCUAUGGCUUCAGAAGCAGGCAGGGCCAACCACUGGAUGGGAUCAACAUGUAGCCUGGAUAAUCCAGAAUGCAAAAGGGAGGACUCAACAAGCUCACAUCUUCAUAAGUGCCUAUGCAGAAUGUGUCUAUGCCAUUUAG